AUGGGGAAGAAGAAGACGGAGAAAAAACGGAGCGUGUCCAUGAAGCCAAAGCACUCGCUCGACACCAACCGUUUCAACGCAAAAACUAACAAAAACAACAAGCGUAGCGCCGCUACUGUGCGGCGGUUAAAGAUGUACAACAGCAAGGCGAAGCGUAACAGUCGAGGCAAGAUUAUCAAGUAUGAAUUACAAUCCAAGAAUCUUCCUGAUACGAGAAUUCAACCUGAUCGGGGAUGGUUUGGGAAUUCAAGAGUUGUGGAUCAGAAGAAACUGGAGUUUUUUCGUGAAGAGAUUGAAAAGGAGAUGUCUAAUAAGUAUAAUGUGAUCGUGAAUAAGAACAAGGUGUUUUUCUCUCUAAUCAAAUAGAAUAAUUAUUAA